AUGGAGAGAAAUGGUGGUAAAGGAAGAGAAGAGGAACAAGACGGUAUGUCCGUACACUCUCCAUGCAAAGCUCCCCCUUCCUCUGCUUCUUCUCUCCCAAAGGAGCAAUCACAGGUUGAAUUGGAGCUUAGACUGUUAGAAGCUCUUGAAAUUUAUCCUCCCGUCAAGCUACAAGGCAUACAUCGUCAUUUCGUUCUUUAUGGUUUAAUGGAAUUCCUUCGGAGAAGCUUUGAUCGACACUUCUCUGCCGACGAGGUUCUACAACUGCUAGAGCGGUUCUAUAAUUUGGAAAUGCUGAAACCAGACGAUGAGGAGACAGACAUUCUGAAUCACGAGGAAGAUUUUAGCUUGCCUCAAAGUUUCUUCGUUAAGGAAGAACCAUAG